AUGCCAAAUUGAUAUUUGAAGACUCUCAAAUGGUCCUACAAGCGUGUUAAGAAUCGGGAUAUUUUUAAGCAAUCCAUUUCGCUUAACUAUAGAGGGAAUGACACCUUUAGUAACUUUAUUGGAGGAAUAGCCACCUUAAUAAUAUUUGUGAUUCUUGCAGGCUACAGUAUAAUUUUCUUCAGGAUCAUGAUAAAUAGAUCAGAUGUAAGCUGGAAUCUAAACUCUGUGAGAACAAACUUGGCAACAGAGCAUGAGCCUUUGGUUUGGGCGGAGGAUGAUCCUAAAUUAAAAAUCUAUUGGACAGCUUAUCAACAUCACCUUCUAGACAAUGUGGGAGACCCAGAAAAUGCACUGAAAUUUAGUUUCUCUCAUGAGUAUAUCAAUACUGAAAAGAAAGCAAACGGUGAUGAUUAUUACACACGUACUGAACUCAGUUAUGAACCAUGUGCAGAUGAUUUUUGGACCAAUCAAGAUCUUGACAAUAAACUCAAUAUUAUAAAGCCCCAUUGACCAAAUAUAGUAGGUCAAAAACUAAAUGGGAAUCAGCAAAAUAAUAAAGAGUAUUCUUAUGUCACGUUUUGGUACUCUAAUUGUAGAUAUGAGUCCAAUUGAGUCCACUCAGAUAUUUCCAAAGAAAUUAUUAACAAGUCUAUCAUUUCAGUACAUGUGAAGAAUAAAUAUGUUGACUUGAACGAUAUUGAAAAUCCUAUCAAGGAUUACACUGAAACCUUAAGAAAUAUCCAGAUCAAAACAGGGAUUCGGACUAGGGUGACAAUGAAGCUAAGAAAACAUGAAGUGGUCCUUGAUGACUCUUUGUUCCCAUUACCUUGGAGCACAGAGCCGAUUUAUUUCAACUCGUUGGAAGAUUACUCAAUUUAUGAAGAAAUGCCAAUUGUGGGAGAUAGUGAUGGAGAAGUCGUGUUUGAGAUUGUUAAAGAUGACCGUAUUGAUCAACAUCACAGAAAACUCCUCAAUUUCUUAGAAGUGACCGGGAUUCUUGGAGGAAUGUUCGAGGUAUUCGAGGUUGGAUUUGGAGCAAUCAUUGGAAUUUAUGCAUCAUUUAUCUUUAAAAAGAGACUUGGUAUGGAUGUCAAACUCUAUGAAGCUAAAUUUGAAACAAUUUCAAAGGAGAUGAAAGAACUGGAAAAGAGACUCAAAGAAAAUAAACAACAGGAGGAAGAGGAGCUUAACCAAGAUGAAGAAGAGAAGGAAGGAGGAAAUUUGGAGAAAAUUACAGAAGAAUCUAAAAGUAAGAGCAGCAAAAUCUCAAGAAAAGAAGAGUCCAAGCUCGCUAACAAUAUUGCAAGAAUUUAGCUCUAAUCAAGCCGAUCUGAACAACUCCUACGGACCACUCAACUUAAAUCCUGACCUCCCAGUUGAGCCUGGCUCUCUCUUUAUGAACCCUCAACAGAAUGCUCAUGAGCCUUCUAAAAUCCCAGCAGAAAUAGAUGCAAAACAAGACGAGAAGAAAUGCUGCUUCUUUAAUAAAUUCAGCACAAAUGACCAAGAAGUUGAAAAUUUUAAUGAUAUGCUAGACUGUUUUUACAUUGUAUACAUGAUGAAGAAACUCCAAAUUCAGAUCAAAUAUAUCCUUUCCAGAGACUCAGAGUACCAAGAAGCUCUUGAGAAAAACCCAAGUCUCGACCUUGACCCCAGAGAUUUCCUCAAGGAAUCUCCAUCUUCUCAAAUCCAUCCUGUCUACGGCCAAAACAUUUAUCAAAUCCCUCCUGAACAACUGAUGAGAGUCCUCCCACGCGAAGAAAACAGGUUCCUAAAAUACCUCCCAAAAUCUCCAGAAAAUCCUUAAUAGGGGUUAACGAUUUUCAAUA